UUUAGUUUUAACUACUGAAGUGUGCAACCCGAGAAAAUGUCAAGCCGGUAAAAUGGAAGGAGUGUGUAUUAGCGCCGAAUCGUGUUUCAAACACGGUGGUCAAACCGGAAACCCUUGCAACGGAUCGAGUAAUCUGAUUUGUUGCACAUUCAUACUUACGUGCGGUGACGUCUCCAGUCAAAAAGUGACGUAUCUUCAGUCCCCGGAUAAUUUAAAAAUUGAUACGGGCAGUUUGGCAUGCGAUUACGACGUAAUUGUUCAAAAGGAUACGUGUGCUGUCCGUGUGGAUUAUGAAACGGUGAAUCUGGCUAGCAAAAUAGGAGGAGUAUGUGACAUCGAUCAAGUUUACAUUUUGAAUUCCAACGACGGGCCAACGACGGGUCAGUGUGGAGCAUUGACUGGUUAUAGCACCGUUGUCGCUGUGAAACCGAACCAAGAAAAACCUUUGAAAAUAGCAAUGGUUGUUCAAAGUGAACCGACCGAAUAUUGGAUAAUAAAAAUCUCACAAAUAGAUUGUGGUGAAAUAAAACCGCUCAAAGAAUCACCCGAUUGCGGUCUAUCGUCCAUUCGGCAAAUGAACGACGACAACUUCAAUGAACAGUCACCUCACUUGACACCGUCGUUAGAAUCCGGACGUUGUGGUGGAAGUGGUGGCAGUGGCGACAGGGGCGGGAAAAAUGACGGCCACUCGAUGAUUCAACGGCAGCGGCUCAAACGUCGCUCUGCGAUCCGUGGUGGCGUGCACGACGUAUUACAACCGUUGCGGAUGGGUCUGUCUGCAGGUCACCUUGGGUCAGCCAGGGAACGACUGCAUACCGUACAACGCGAAGAUUUCAUGGACGGCGAUAACCGAAGGAUCAUUGGAAGUGACGAGGCGUACAUCGGCGAACACACCUGGCAAGUGGCUAUUGCUCUGGACGGGGUGUUCUUCUGCGGCGGAGCACUGAUUGCUGACCGAUUCGUCAUCACCGCCGCCCACUGUGUCAUGACGCGCAACACGCCGAUGGACGACUUGACAGUACACUUGGGUGACUACGACCUGACCGCGGCCAACGAAACGGAACACCAGGCACGUAAAGUGUCUCGCGUGCUGUUCCACUCUCAUUUCCAUCCGUUCCUGUUGGCCAACGACAUAGCGCUACUGCAACUCGAUCGGCCGGCCACUGCGACCGACACCGUCAGACCCGUGUGUAUGCCGUCCACCGACGGCGAAUCGUAUGUAGGCCAAAAAGGUACGGUCGUGGGAUGGGGUAUCACUGCGUUCCCGACGGGCGAUCCUAGCCCAACAUUGCAGAAACUCUCCGUGGAAGUCCUGUCAAACUUCCAGUGUUCCCGUGUCAUCGACGAUCACGUGGGUCUGGGCAUGUUGUGCGCCGCCGCUCCAUCGUUGCAAGGGACGUGCUUCGGUGACAGCGGUGGCCCUCUSACCGUGGAACGAGAUUCGGGAAGAAACGUUUUGAUCGGCCUGGUGAGUUAUGGCGUGACAGGCUGUGCAAUCAAACCGGCUUUUCCCGACCUGUACACCAGAAUAUCGGAAUACACGAAAUGGAUUGACGUMAACACCUCGUAACAACAAUAAUAGUAAUAAUGAUAAAAAUAAUAAGAACAAUAGUAAUAGCCAAUAGGUAAUAUUAAGGAUAUAGARAUAACGAUUUUAACCAAGUUAUAAUAUUUAUAACGAUAAAACGUUUGACGACGUCGUACAAUAACAAUAUCGAACGUCGCCACAGUAGUCUAAGAACACUCAUAAGUAAGCAGUGGCAGUGGCGUACCCGGGAUUUUUCAAUGUGAGGGGGA